AUGAAGACUUAGAAUUGUGUAAAAACUGGAAUUUGCAAGAUGAUCUAAUUUAGAUUUCACAAAUACGUAUAAUGGGAUGCGAACUUCAAAAAGAAAAUUUUAGACUUGGAAAAAGGAAAUAGGAAGAAGCUUCAUAAGAUUAUCCAACAUACAACAAAAAUAAGGAGAGACAAGGAAGGUGUUAUUUUGAAUAUCAUGAAAGGAAGUGAGGAGAAUUAGUAAGUCAAUAAUAACAAAGAGAUUAUUCAUUAAUGUAUUGAGAAUGAGAAAAGUUUCUGUCACUACAAUUGA